AGGUGAGCAAGCAAGAUGGAGUGACCUGCCAAAUCCCUAAACCCCUACUCUCUCUCUCUCUCUCUCUCUCUCUCUCUCUAGGUUGUGUUGCAGAGAGAGCAAUUAUGCUGCGCCGAAAAAUUAGGUUGACGAAGGAGUACUUGUACAGAAAGAGCUUGGAAGGCAAACAACGCUUGCUCUAUGAGAAGAAGCGCAAGAUCAAAGAAGCUCUAGAAGAGGGGAAACCGAUACCCACCGAGCUUCGGAACGAGGAGGCUGCCCUUCGUCAAGAGAUCGAUUUAGAGGAUGAAAACACUGCCGUCCCGAGGUCACAUAUAGAUGAUGAGUAUGCAAACGCAACUCAGAGAGAUCCGAAAAUUUUGCUGACUACUUCCCGGGAUCCGAGUGCUCCUCUUAUACAAUUUACUAAGGAACUGAAACUCGUUUUUCCCAAUGCGCAACAAAUGAAUCGUGGUGGUCAGGUUAUUUCUGAAAUUAUUGAAACAUGCCGUUCACACGAAUUUACAGAUGUUGUGCUGGUUCAUGAACAUCGUGGUGUACCAGAUGGUUUGAUUAUAAGCCACCUUCCUUUUGGUCCAACAGCUUAUUUUCAACUACUCAAUGUGGUCACAAGACAUGACAUCAAAGACAAGAAGGCCAUGGGAACGAUGCCUCAGGUUUAUCCACACGUGAUACUUGACAAUUUCACGACCAAGUUGGGUGAGAGGGCAGCAAAUAUUUUAAAGCAUCUCUUUCCAGUGCCAAAGCCAGAUACAAAACGCAUAAUCACUUUCGCCAAUCGCUCUGACUACAUUUCAUUCAGGCACCAUACUUAUGAGAAGCCUGGAGGUCCUAAAUCUAUUGAGCUGAAGGAGAUCGGUCCUCGGUUUGAAUUGAGGCUUUUUAAGAUAAGGUUAGGAACAAUGGAUCAGGAUGAAGCCCAGAAUGAAUGGGUCAUCAGACCAUAUAUGAACACGGCCAAGAAACAGAAGUAUAUGGGGGAUUGAUAAUAUUUGGCGCUUUUCGUUGACAAUUUUGUGUAACUGGUCCUUCGUAUGUGGUACUAUGGUUCAACCAAAUCGCCUUUUAUAUCGGUCCGGCGAAACAUAGCAUGGGACUAAACAGCCUGUUAACGUCUUCCCGAUUUCCUUCAGGGCGACUAUUUUUGCUGCAUUUCCAACUUAUUCCUUUAAAUUAAAGAGAUAGACGAGAGAGGUGAAAUCAGCUGUAAAUGGUGGUUGUCUUAAUUUUGUCUGCACUCACUCGUUCGCUUUUCUGUUAACAUAUUUGGUAUAUCUCAUCUCAAAGUUCUUUCUAUCAUGUAAACAAACAGAUGUUAUGCCCCAAGUGUUUUCGAUUCAUAAUUUUGACAAUUUGACUGCAUUUUGAGUGGAAAUGACAAUUGUUCGAGUCUGUUUGAUAACCA